AUGAAACGCAAGCAAGAGAUACCCAAAAAAUUAAUAUUACAACGUAAGGAUGUAAAUGUGCCCCACAAAAAAAGAAACUUGUCCCUGAAAAAUUCAUUAAAGCCAGCUAGAUCAUCAAAUAUCAAUACCCCAAUAACGUCUAACGCUGGAAUAGAACCCAAAGCUCCAUAUAAAAACCAAACUAAUGACUCAUGUUUGACAGAUGAAACAAAAUACCCCAUUCUGACGAAACAAAAUUUGAGAUUAUUACAGAAGGAAAUAUUCAAAUUUGAAACCUCAGCAAAUAAAUGUCCACAUUUUUUCUGCACUAUUGAAAAUAUGAAACUAGUUGACGUAUCGAGACUAUGGUUUUUGUUCGAGCUUGAAAUGUCAAUUAAUGGAGAAAUAAACUUGAGGAAUUCUUGGUAUCAUGAUCAGGUGUACCGGAAAAUAUUGAAGCUAUGGCCUCAAAGUAAUUGUUUAAAUGAAACGAUCCCAGGAGGAUACCAGCCACUCCCACUACAGCAAAUCAUAUUACCAAUACCCAUAAAGACUGAUUUUGAGGAGGUAAAGCAAAAUUACCAAAACUUAUCAAAUGAGUUUCACUUUGAAAUAGCCAGUAUCAUCGAUUUUAUUCCAGAGAGGAAGCUUGACUCCACUUUACUUACUAAUAGAUACAGGAAAGAAAUCUUUGAUAACUCUACUUUGAAUGUUAAGAAAAUUUUGGGUGAUAAAGAAUUAUCUAGUGAUAAUGAAAACAAUCCUAAGGGAGAGAUAUAUAACGGAAAAGAAGUUAUUAUUGAGGAUAAUGACAAAAAUGAUAUUGAUACUUCAAAACAAGAAUCUAAGAAACCCUCAAUCUUGAGAAGAGACAUGAGACACUUUGCAGGAUUACCUUAA